GUCAUCAUUCGAGACGUGCUCAUCACAGACCACCCUCAGGACUUCAGGCAUUCUUCCCGACGGACCCGCCCAGCGCCAUGAACUACCUCCGGCGCCGCCUGUCCGACAGCAGCUUCGUGGCCAACCUGCCCAACGGCUACAUGAUGGACGUGCAGCGGCCGCCGGCCCCGGCCUCCUCCGCUUCCUCGCCGGCCUCCCCGGCCGCCGAGCGGCGGCAGCCCCCGAGCGUCCCGCCCCCGGCCUCCAACCCGCCGGCCCCGGGCUCGGGUUCCGCUCCGGGGGGAGGGGGGGGCGGGGGGGGCUUCCUCAGCUCCUUCUCCAGCGUGGUGAAGAGCGCCCAGAUGGCCCAGAACGUCGCCGCCGCCGCGCACGCCAAGUCGGCGGCGAGCGCGGCCGACGGGGCUCCGCCCCCUAAACCCGUCGUACGCAAACCCAAGACCCUGCUGGUCAUCGACGACCUGCACACGGACUGGGCGAAGUAUUUCAGAGGGAAGAAGCUGAACGGAGAGUACGAGAUCCAGGUGGAGCAGGCCGAGUUCUCAGAGAUCAACCUGGCGUCCUACGUCCACUCGGGCUGCAUGGUGGACAUGCAGGUGAACAAAGGCGGGACCAGAGUGGUCAGGUCCUUCAAGCCGGACUUCGUCCUGGUCCGCCAACACGCCUACAGCAUGGUCCCCGGGGAGGACUUCAGGAACCUGGUGAUCGGCCUGCAUUUCGGCGGCGUGCCGGGCAGCAACUCGCUCUUCUCCAUCUACAACUUCUGCAGCAAGCCGUGGGUGUUCUCUCAGAUGAUUAAGCUCUACCACGCUCUCGGCCCGGAGAAGUUUCCCCUGAACGAGCAAACCUUCUACCCCAACCACACGCAGAUGGUCUCCACCUCCUCCUACCCCGCGGUGGUCAAGAUGGGGCACGCUCACGCCGGCAUGGGGAAGAUCAAAGUGGAAAACCAACAGGACUUCCAGGACAUCACCAGCGUGGUGGCGAUGGCCGGGACCUACGCCACCACCGAGCCCUACGUCCUGUCCAAGUACGACAUCCGCAUCCAGAAGAUCGGCAACAACUACAAGGCGUACAUGAGAACUUCUAUCUCUGGGAACUGGAAGGCGAACACGGGCUCUGCCAUGUUGGAGCAGAUCGCGAUGACCGACAGAUAUCGGCUGUGGGUGGACUCCUGCGCGGAGAUGUUCGGUGGCCUCGACAUCUGUGCGGUGAAGGCCGUCCACGGAAAAGACGGCAACGACUAUAUCAUCGAGGUGAUGGACAGCUCCAUGCCCCUCAUCGGUGAACACGUGGAGGAGGACAAGCAGCUGAUCACCGACCUGGUGGUGGCUAAGAUGUCCCAGGAGCUGCUGGGCGUGUCCACGCCUCAGCCGGCCUCCGUCAAGACCACGCAGCCCCGGAGAGGGGGCCAGCGCUCCGCCUCCCCGUCUGCGUCGGCCCAGACCUCCCCUCAGCGAGCCCGGUCCGCCAGCACCUCCCCCAGCCAGGCCUUCCAGCCCGGGCCCCUCCCCCCCGCCGCCGGGCCCGGAGCUCAGAAGCAGUCGCCGCAGCUGAACAAAUCCCAGUCGCUGACCAACAGCUUCACGGAGACGCUACGGGGCGGCGUGACCGACGACGAGGCCAAGGCCGAGACCAUCCGCAGCCUCCGGCAGUCCUUCGCCAGCCUCUUCUCCGACUAG